AUGUCGGCCGAAGAUGCCCUCGACGCAGCUAUCGCCCGCUUCAAGGCGCGCAACCCGUGCUCCGAAGCCUUGUACAGACAGGCCGUCGAGAGUUUACCCGGCGGCAACACACGCACGCAGCUGUACACGUUUCCCUUUCCCGUGUACAUGAAGUCUGGCCAGGGAUAUCAGGUCACUUCUGAGGAUGGUCAUAUAUACACAGAUAUGGUGGGCGAGCUGACGGCAGGCUUGUACGGGCACUCUCAUCCCACCAUCAUCACCACCAUCAAGAACGUUCUCGACACCGUAGGCCUCAGCCUGGGCGCGACCACUGCCCAAGAGCACGUCUACGCCGCCACCCUCUGCGAGCGGUUUGCCCUGGACCGCGUGCGCUUCUGCAACUCAGGCACCGAGGCCAAUCUGCAGGCUCUCGUGGCCGCGCGCGCCUACACGGGCAAGAGGCGCGUUGUCGUCUUCUCUGCUGGGUAUCAUGGCGGGGUGCUCGGAUUUGCAGGCGGCAGACCUGGGCCGGGGGCGGUGGACAGAGGGGAGUGGGUGGUGGUGGAUUACAACGACAGCGCAGGUGCGGAGGCGGCGAUUCGUGGGGAAAAUGUUGCGGCUGUGCUCGUGGAGGCGAUGCAGGGCAGUGGAGGCGCGAUUCCAGGGACGCAUGAGUUCCUCAAGACGAUCGAGGCUGUGGCUAAAGACGCUGGUGUAUUAUUCAUCCUCGACGAGGUCAUGACGUCCCGUCUGGCGCCUGGCGGCCUGGCAGAAGUCUACCACAUCCAACCCGACCUCAAGACCUUUGGCAAGUUCCUCGGCGGCGGCCUGGCCUUUGGCGCCUUUGGCGGUCGGGCAGAGAUCAUGUCUGUCUUCGACCCGAGACUAGCCUCGACACAACCGCUGCCCCUGGCCCACCACGGCACCUUCAACAACAACACGCUUGUGAUGCACGCGGGCCACGCAGGGCUGACGAAAGUGUACACGCCCGAAGCCUGCAGGGACCUCAAUGCGCAAGGGGAUCGGCUGCGUGCCCAGCUGCUCGCGUUGACUCAGGGCACCAAGAUGUCCUUCACUGGCGUUGGCGCCGUGGUCGGGUCACACUUCACGGAGCAAGGGUUUCAGGCCAUCCAAAGGUGCACGGAGGAAGAUGGGACGCUGAAGCAGCUGUUCUGGUUCGAGAUGAUGGAGGAGGGCUUCUGGCUCACGCAGCGAGGCAUAUAUGCCCUGAUUCUUGGGACGCCGCAGGAGGAACUGGACAGGUUUGUCGGGUGUGUGGAGGCCUUCUUGAACAGACAUCAGGCUCUUGCUCGUGUAUGA